UCCAAACAUUGAAAGACUAUACCAUCAAAGCUCUUGUGAACACAAUAGAUCAUUUGGGAUCAAUGACACUCAAGGUUAACGAUCUUGUGCACGAAAAAGUCGAGGCGACAUCCGGAACGGAGCUCCGGGUAUCUUGCAUCGAACAGAGACUACAGACAUGCCGAGACUAUAUCGACCUUGAAGGGAUUUGCCAACAGUCACUAGUCGUUAACACACCGAAGUACCAUAAACGGUACAUCUUGCCAGUUGGGGAAACGAUUAACAGUGUUAACCGAACGAAGUCGAAAUUAGUAGGAUGUGGCCUAGAUGAUGAAGAUGACUGGCAUCAGUUAAGGAAUGCUGUCAGCGCUACGAUUCAAGAAUCCCAGACAUCUUCGGUCGCAGAAACCGGAAUGUCGAUCGGCUGCAGAAAAGUGCGUUCUCCGUCACCUUCACCGCGGCCUCCACAACCAUCCCCAGUCUUUUCGUUUACGAACACCAUGCCGAAGAAAGAACAAGAGAAGCGAACAGAAUCGCCACAUCGGUUUCCGCUUUUACGAUCUGGAUCAGUUAGCAGGCCCACAACCCCAAAUAAGAGCCGAUCGACUACUCCGAUUUCAGCCAGUGCAAUGCAGCGGUAUCCAUCAGAGCCUCGAAAAUCAGCUUCGAUGCGUCUUCAAUCGGAAAAAGAUAUCCCCAAAGACAUCGAUCAGUCUCCCGGAAAAAGUAAGAGACUUCUCAAAGCAUUGCUUAGUCGUCGGAAAUCAAAGAAAGAUGAGAUGCUAUAUACUUAUUUGGAUGAAUAUUGAGAAAAGAGAACUUCCAAACGACUCCGUCGAUAAGAGCACUUGGGAGGGGUUUUUACAUAACUGACACCGUUUGAUUUUAAUUUUACUUUUCUGACACCGUUUGAUCAAUAUUUCCAG